AUUGAACUCUCUGACUUACCUCCUCAUCCACUAUUGAGGAUCGUGUAUAUGAUGUUGCCACUGAAAGCACCUAGGAUUGAUGUGGGAGAAAGAAAGACAUUUCAUCAACUCUUCACACAACUCUGGCGGGUUAAUACAUCUUUCUACAUUGUAUGCAAGGAUGUACUUCAAGCUGCGUACAUACCCACAUACACUUCGAUGAUCCGCCAUCCCUACACCUCUGAUCCAUGCCUGGUUUCUUGGGACAAACCCCUGCAGCAUGAGGCCAGAGUCCUCAAUCUCUUCAUUGUACUCAUGGUCCAUGAAGAGGUUAUGCUUGAUGAAUUGUCGCUUCACAUUGAGCAAGAGAAUUUGUUCAAAGACCUUUUCGACCUCCAACAACCACCUGUGUGA